AUGAAGCACUUAGCCGCUUAUUUGUUAUUAGAACUCGCUGGUAAAACGCCCAACGAUAAAAGUAUCAAAUCUCUUCUUGAAUCUGUUGGUAUCGAAGCUGAUAAUGAUAGGCUUAAAAAAUUGCUCAAUGAAUUAAAAGAAAAAAAUACCGAAGAGGUAUCUCCUCCCGCUGAAGAAACUAAAGAAGAAGAGAAGGAAGAAUCUGAUGAUGAUAUGGGAUUCGGUCUUUUUGAUUAA